UUAUAAGCAUCUGAUGGGAUAUCUUACUAAACUAUUUUUGUUUUUUAGCCGGUUCCAUUUACGAAUUAUUAUUCUGCAUGGACGUUCAAAAUUAGACAAAGAUAUCUUUUGACACAUUUAAACACUAAACACUUUAUAAAUGUGUGGUCGUGGUGCUUCUCAUUCAAAAUGUUCUUCAAGCCAUACGCUUUAUAUAUAAUUGUCUUGUUGCUUAUAUUCGUAACUCUAAUAAAUUCAAAACCAAACAGUAUAGUAUAUUCAGUAAAUGCUGAUGAUUCAAAAGAAUGUUGUUCUCCAAAUGAAAAAUCAUACUUGUUACCUCCUAUAUAUUGCUAUCGUGGCAAUGAGAAAAGUGUACUUAAUGUUUUUCAAACGAUUACGGUGGAUUUAACGAUUGGAAAAACAGAUGAAUUCAUUAUAUACCAAGCAGUUAACCAAGAUAUAAUCGAAGAACAAAUGCUCUCCGAUGUAUCUAUAUUAUCAUUAAACAAAAUAAUAUCAUAUUUUUGGAAACAGAAAUCUUUCACAUUAAAUCCAUUUGAUAAAUCUUGUUUUAGUAUUAAAACCAAUGCUAAUUUUAAAUUAAGAAUUCAUUCUAUUGCUUUAGAUAGUUGGAGAUUGUGUAUGUUCAUUAUUGGUAUUUUUCUAUUUGGAUAUUCAUCUCGAUUAAGUCAUAACUCAUUGUUUUACUAUUUAUGCGGAAUUACAAUCGGUGUCACUGCUUCAUUUAUAAUUAUUAUAUUACUUAUUAGUCGUUUAAUUCCUAAAAAAAAAAUGAUGAUAGGAUACUUGGGAGCAAGUUGUAUGUUGAGUUUAUAUGCUAUUCAAAUGUUGAUUGAAAAUCUCAAUAUGAUUCUGAUAUUAUACUAUAAAUACAUUUUGGGAUACAUAGGGUUCUCUGUGUUGGUCAGUUUUGUUAUUUGCUAUAGAUAUGGACCAGUCACAAAUCCUAGAUCUAUUGACCUUAUUAGAUGGACAUUACAGUUAAUUGGUUUGGCUUUGAUUACAUUAUGUAGUUUUCAUUUAGAAGCCAUGGUUUUUAUAGAUACACUGUGUAUUUUAUUCUAUUACACUAAGUUUUCAUUACCCUUUCGGUUAUUUCCUAAGAGUAAACCAAAAUUAAGAUUAUUAUCUGAAGAUGAAUACAUCCAACAAUCAUUGAUUGAAACACCUAAGGCUCUUGAAGAACUACGAAAAUACUGUAAAAGUCCUGAUUGUGAUACAUGGAAAGUUAUAAGUAGACUCAAAAAUCCUCAACAAUUUGCUGAGUUUAUCGAAUCAUCAGUUCAUGUUAGCACAAAAGCAGUUGAAGAACAUGAAAAAGAAAUUGAAGAUUAUGAUACUGAGUAUGAAGGCUCUGAAUUGGAAAAUGAAAAUAGUGAUUCGCUUGAUGAUAUCAAAGAAAUAGUAUAUACCAGUGACAGUGAAUGAAGUAUUAUGAUAAAAUAAUAUUUGAAGUAUAAUUAAUAAAAAAUAAAUUUUAAUUAA